GGGCCGGAAGCGGGCGGUGCGCGGUGCGCGGGCCCGGCGCGGCGGGAGCGGGAGCGGAGCGGGAGCGGAGCGGGCCCGGGCCAUGCCGCUGCUCGAGCCGCCCUGGCCGCCCGGCCUGGCCCCGCUGAAGGCCGUGGAUGACUUGCUGCGCUGCGGGAUUUGCUUCGACUACUUCAGCAUCGCCGUGAUCAUCCCGCAGUGCUCGCACAGCUAUUGUUCCCUCUGUAUCCGCAAGUCCUUGUCCUACAAAACGCAGUGUCCAACAUGCUGUGUGGCAGUCUCGGAAUCUGACCUGAAAAACAACCGGAUUUUAGAUGAUCUAGUGAAGAGCUUUAAUUCUGCCAGGCAGCAGCUGUUGCAGUUGGUGUUGGAAGCUCCCCCGGUUCCUUCCCCACCCGCCUGCAGCCAGCGUCCAGCCGAGAGCCACUGGAGCCCUGGUUCUCAGCCAGAGUCUAAAGAGCUGCCCGGGACUGGCAGCUCCUUAAGAAAGGACAAAGUCUGCACCUCCACGAAGGCGGGUGGCCUGGCGUGGACUGCUCAGAAGAGUUUCAAAACUGAGGAACACCAUGACCUACACAGCACUUCUGCAGAGGCUGGUGGUGAAGACAGCAAAGCGAAAUCACAAGAGAUUGCUGGGUGCACCCAAAGUCAUGAAAAGCCUUCUACCUCUGUGCUCAAAGGAGACAGGAAAGUGGAAUGUCCUGUUUGUGAGGUUGCUAUUCUGGAGCAAUAUAUAAACAAGCACCUGGAUAGCUGCUUGACCAGAGAGGAGAAGAAGGACAGCCUGCGAAGUUCUGAUCACAAAAGGAAGCUGAUGUCCAAAGUUGUUUAUAACCUGCUGUCGGAUCGAGAUCUGAGGAAGAAGCUCAAGGAGCAUGGCCUGUCUACCUCUGGGACCCGCCAGCAGCUCAUUAAGAGACACCAGGAGUUUGUGCACAUGUACAAUGCUCAGUGUGAUUCUCUAAACCCCAAAUCAGUUGCAGAGGUUGUUAAAGAGCUGGAAAAGAACGAGAAGAUUCGGGUUCAGCUGGAGUGUAACAAACCUGGUGAAAAUAGCUUGACCUUCACAAAGGACCAGACAGAGGAAGAAAUAGAUGAGAUCCACGCUGAAUAUCGAAACAAACACAGAAGUGAAUUCAAGUUCUUGGUGGAUCAAGUAAAUAAACGGUGGAAGAAAACGGGUGAGAGGAAAGCAGAAAGUGCUCAAAACAAAGAGGAAGUUGCUGUCAAAGAGCUGCCAGCAGCCACAGAACCUGGGAAAGAGGAUCCCACAGCUGUUGUCCCUGGAAAAGCCCAAGCACUCCAACCAGAAAUUCCUGAUGGCCAAAGAAGUGACUCUCAUGGCUUGAAGGAAUGGCAGAGAUCAUCCUCUCCUGAGUUCUCCCUGUCAUCUGGCUCGACUUGCAGCACCAAUUCAGACAUUCUGGCAGAUGUGGAAGGGUCUGAGACGUGUUCAGCGUCCUCUGACAGCAGCAGCUCCGUGGCCGUGGCAGGGAGCAAGAGGAAGCUGCGGCGGCCGCGGCUCCCCGAGGACAGCGGGGCCGUGCCCCAGGGCAAGAGGAAGAGGAGCUAGUGCUGCAGGAGUGCCCAGCUCGGCCUGGGAAACACCUCCUGGCUUCUUCCCAUUCUCCGAGUGUCUGGGUACUGAGUAAAGUGCUGUAUUUUCACAUCACUGCCAUUCCAGCUGCCUUCAUGACCAGGCUGCUGGGUUUGCCCGCAGCCCUGGGUUGUUGAUGGCUGAGGUUGGGCACAGAGUGCCAGAGCCCUGCAGGAGCCUGGCCUGGCUCCUGUGCCCGAGUUCCCUCGCUGCUGCAGCGCCUGGGCUGUGUGCUGCCACUGUUCCUGCCUGCAUCCUGGGCCAGCCUCAUCUGCCCUCCUGGCAGCAGCUGCAGGGUGGGGUUCUGCUUGGGUUCUGGAGCCCCAGUUCCUGGCCCGGCCAGGGGAGGGACCGAGGGAUGCAGGGGGAUUCUGCCCUGCACUAACAGGCUUUUUUAUAUAUGCUUUGUAAACUUA